CUUCCGUAAGUUCUCGAAGGCGGCGAUAUUCCAUGUGAUUUCUCGAAAUUUCUUAGAAAGCCUAGUUUAAUUUGUGUUAAACUUCCUUGUGAUUUAUUACUGGAUAGUUCUUAACUUGAAGAAAUCUUUAUAUUUGUCUGUAAAUCAACAUAGUUUAUUUGUAAAGACAUUUUCUUUUUUCUGUCAGAUAAUUUCCAACAGGUAACAAGAAAAGUGGAAAAUGCCGGUCGGUUUUGAUAUUGGGAACAGUUCCUGUUUCGUUGCUGUAGCGAGACAAGGUGGCAUUGAAACAAUUGAUAAUGAAUACAGUUCAAGGAAUACACCUGCCUUUGUUUCCUUCAAUGAAAAGAGCAGAAGUAUUGGUGUUUCAGCCAAGAAUCAAUGUAUUACAAAUCUGAAAAAUACAGUAUCUGUUUUCAAGAGGUUUAUUGGGAGAAAGUUCUCAGACCCCUUUGUACAACAAGAGCUAGCUGAUUUUCCCAAACCUUACAAGGUGGAACAGGGAAAGAAUGGAGAAAUAUUAAUCAAGGUUCAGUAUCUUGAUGGUGAGCAGCAGUUCACCCCAGAGCAGAUGAUGGCAGCUCUGUUAACAAAGUUAAAGCAGAUAUCAGAAACUGGACUGAAGACUAAAGUUGUAGAUGUGGUGGUAUCUGUACCCACAUUUUUCACAGAUAUAGAAAGAAGAGCAAUGUUAAAUUCAUGUGAGGUAGCUGGACUGAAUUGCAUGAAGGUCAUGAAUGAUUCAACAGCAGCUGCUUUGGGUUAUGGUAUUUACAAACAAGAUCUCCCAGCUGAGACAGAGAAAGCCAAGAAUGUGGUGUUUGUUGACAUUGGUUACUGUUCCCUACAGGUGGCCAUUGUGGCAUUUCACAAGACCAAGCUAAAGGUUUUGGCAACAAAUUUUGACCCUUGUCUAGGAGGAAGAAACUUUGACAAAAUUUUGGCCGACUAUUUUCAACAGGACUUUAAAGAACGUUAUAAGGUUGAUGCAGGAAAGAAUAUGAAAGCUAGACUGAGAUUAGAAACUGAGUGUGAAAGACUGAAAAAAUUAAUGAGUGCUAACACACAAUCCAUUCCCAUUAAUAUAGAAUGUUUCAUGGAGGACAAGGAUGUGACAGGUAGAAUGGACAGAACACAGUUUGAAGAACUAUCAGCUGGUUUAUUUCAAAGAAUAGAAACAGUUUUCCAGACAUUACUAGAAAAUAGUAAGAUGUCAACAUCAGAUUUAGCUGCAGUAGAAAUUGUAGGAGGUUCAUCAAGAGUCCCAUCAAUUAAAAGUCUAGUUAAUAAAGUUUUUGGCAUCGAGCCAAGUACGACACUGAAUGCUGAUGAAGCUGUGGCCCGUGGAUGUUCUUUACAGAAUGCCAUAUUAAACCCCACAUUCAGAGUCAGAGAUUUCUCCAUCAAUGAUGCACAGCCAUAUUCUAUUACACUGAGCUGGCAGGCAACAAUGGAAGAAGACAGUUCAAUGGAGUUAUUUCCGAAAUACCACAUGAUUCCUAUGUCCAAAGUACUGACAUUCUACAGAACAGAGCCAUUCCAACUGGAGGCUAAAUACACACACAAAAAUGAUGUCCCGAUACCAGAUACAAAUAUAGGUAAAUUCCAAGUUAGUAAGAUAGAAAAACCCAAAAAUGAAGACAGUGCCAAAGUGAAAGUGAAAGUAAGAGUAAAUCAAAAUGGUAUCUUCACUGUUAAUUCUGCUACCCUGUCAGAGACAAUAGAACAAGAGGAACAGGAUGCUAAGGCUGAGGAACAGUCCAUGGAUGUUGAUGCUGAGAAAAAACAAGCUGAGGAGGAAGGAAAAACUCCAGAGGGAGAACAAAAACCUGAGGUCAAUGGAGAAACUGAGAUGCAAACAGACCAACCAGAAACCCCUGAAAAAACAGAUAAUGAUGAAAAGAAGGAAGAAAACGCUGCUGGUGAUAAAAAGUCAGAGAAAAAGUCUGAAGAGAAGAAGAAAAAGAAAGUGAAGAAAAUAGAUCUACCAAUUGAAGCCUUUGUUCCUGAAAUGUCCAAAAAGGAGAUCAAUGAUCUAGUGGAAAAAGAGAAUCAAAUGAUUAUGGCAGACAAGUUAGAGAAAGAGCGAGCUGAUGCUAAGAAUGCUGUAGAGGAAUAUGUUUAUGACAUGAGAGAUAAACUGUCUGAAGCCUAUGAACCUUUUGUUAAAGAAGCAGACAGAGAAAAGUUUAGUAAAUUAUUGUCAGAAACGGAAGACUGGCUGUACGAAGAAGGAGAUGACCAGAAAAAACAAAUUUACCUUGACAAACUUACACAGUUAAAGAAUAUCGGUAUCCCAAUAAAAGACCGAUAUGAUGAAUUCCAGUGGAGGCCUGCAGCAUUUGAUGAAUUAGGCCAUAGUAUACAACAUGUCAGGAAAUUUUUAGAUCUCUGUGGUCAGAAGGAUGAGAAGUUCGCCCACUUAUCACCAGAAGAUAUAGAAAAAGUGUCUAAAUGUCUGGCAGAAAAAGAACAAUGGCACAACAAAGCACUGAUGGACACACAAAAACAAAGUUGUUAUGAUCCUCCAAAUGUUUUAGCACAACAAAUUCGAUCAACAAAACAGUCAUUAGAUACUACUUGCAAUCCCAUUAUGAACAAACCCAAGCCAAAAGUGGAACCACCAAAAGAAGAGAAAAAAGAUGUGAAGAAGGAAGGAGAAAAUAAUGGAGAGAAAAUGGAAACAGAUUCAACAAAACCAGGUGAAACACCCGCAGAUUCACCGAAAACAGAAGUAAAACCAGAAAUGGACAUCGAUUGAUAACGUACAUUAAUAGGACAAAUUUAUUUAUUUAUUGAAAUGAAGUGAGAGGUCACGGAUAAUGAAGAAAUAGUUGUUCUAGAUCUUGAACUGUUCAUUUAGCAGACGACAUGCUGACUUCAUUUUUGAUAAAAUUUAGGGGCACUAAAGAUUUGAUUUUGUAAAAAAGAAAUUAUUUUGUUUGAAAUCUCUUUCCUUUAAGUCAGUUUUAAAUCGGAGAGGAAACUAGCAUUAAACUUUUUUUUCUGAAGUAGUUUACUGGACAUGAUUAGAUAUUGAUGUGAAAAUGUGACAGAAAGUUGUUUAUAAAUUUUUAUUCUUUUAUUCUUGCACAUUAUAUAAGCAUGAUAAGUAAAUUUUGUCUAAAUAAAUAGAAACAGUUAUAUGUAUAAAACUAACACAUUUUGUGGAAUGUCUGAUUUCAUGUUUCGCAUCAAUAUGUAUGUUUUAUUCACACAUUUUCCAUUGGUGACUGCAUUUGUAUAAUAUAUCAUUUAAAAUAAUAUAAUUUAUACAACAAGCUGCGAGCUAAUUGUUACUGUUAAUAUAUGUGUAAUGCAAGAAAGUGCUUUUGUGUUGUUUUGAAUGGUUGUUAUGGUAACUAUGGAAAAAUACUGUGUUGAAAAUUGUAAAAGAAUAUGUACAUAGACUUAUUGGCAACUGAAAUCAGUAAUUUUGAUACAUGCAUAAAACUAAGAACAAUUGAUGCUGGUCAAAAGACCAAAAUAAACAAAAUUUGACAUUUUAAAAGGUCAACACAAGGUGUAACCACUGUCAACUUAUUUUAGAUAAAUAGUGCUAUCACAUUGAACUUCUGACUUCAAUAUAUAAAUCAAAUACUUUUACAGAAACUUUUGUUGAGGCAUAUUAUAAUUGUAACUUAAUUUUCUCAAUAAAUUUCAUGUUAUAUAACUGAGAUUUCACAAAAUCUGUCCAGUUUUGAAAACUUUAUUCUUUUUUUCUUUUAUAUUGUUGAUACUGUUAUUCAGUGAUUAACGGUUACAAUUUUUACUCUGUUACUGUUGAUUUAUUGCUUCAAUUUCAAUCAUGCAUUUUAUUGUCAUCCAGUUAUUUGUUUUAAAUCAUCUGCAGGUAUAUAUAUAUAGUGCUGGAGUAAUCGGCAGGGAUCUACCCAAAUAAGUUGUAUAUAAUCUUUUACUUCAAGGAUUAAGUCCACAAGGGUCAAACUAUUACAUAUGAAACACAUACAAGAAUUCAUCUAUUAAUUUGGUUACACAAUGUUAUAUUUAUUCCACAAUUAGCAGUGUAAUAAAGAGAGAAAUAUGAGUGAGGAUAUAACUAAAUUAUUCCCUCACUUCAUUCUGAAUUUUAAGUUGGACCAAAAACAGCAAGUAAUAAAAAACCUAAUGAAUAGGUUUGGCUCUCCAGUGAUGAAAUAUUAAUUGAGAGAAAAAAAAUAUGAAAACAUUGUACAGUAUUUUAGAGAAUACAAAAACAGUUUUAGAAUAUAUACGUUUUUUUAUUCUCAAAUUUUUAUAGAUUUGAGAAAAAUCUUCUUUUUACAUACACUUCAUAGAAUUCACCCAACACAUUGAUUUUUAGACCAAUAUUUCUGUUGCUGAGCAUUACCAUCAUUAGGUUUCAAAUUAUUUUUAUUAAACGACAGAAUGGUGUUUGGUAUUAAAUCUGAAAGCACGCUCAUUCGUUUCCCUAUGGAAACUUUUACUCCUCAUAUUAACAUGUUUAAUAUUUAAAUUUUACACGGAAACACAUUAAAAAUUUAACAAAAAUGUACCAAAAAACUAGACAGAAGGAUAACAACUAGAGGUAAAAUAAAACGACCAGUAAUACAUUUUUCAUAAAGAUUAUCACAUGAUAAACAUGUCACUAUUUAUAGUAUAAAUGAACCAUACAUUGUUGUAAACUUGUAUGUCAUUUGUGAAGAGUUGAUCAUACCACAUCUUCUUUUUAUACAUACAUAUCUGUUAUCAAAUAUAUGUAUUUUACGGAAAGAAACCAAUUUGUAAAGUUAAAAUUGACCGGUCAAUAGAAUUUUUCAGUUCAGCAAAGGAGCAGUUAGUAAUUCAUCAGCAUUUUGUUAUGUCAUGUGAUUGUAAAGUUUAUGUUGCCGAUUAAAAACUGUAAAUAUA